CCAUUUCCGGUCCGCUAGCGGCGGUAAGUCGCUCCGAGUUUUGUUUACUCGGCUUCAGCCUUCCGCUCUCCAGGCAUGUUCCGAGCUCCAGAGAGACCUCAGCGGAGUCCCGGGGAGAUGCAGCCGGCCGGAAGGCACCCUUCCCCGGCCGCGGGUUGGAGUUUCCCCGGCGCUCGCCCUCCGUACCACGGACACCACGAGCGGUCCCCGCGGGGAUUCUCUCCGUACUCCACCGGCUCUCCUUCUUUCUCCCUGGGCUCCGGUCGAGGAUACAGGAAUGGGUCUCCGGGUGGGUACCGGGGCUUCAGAGACUCGCCCACCGGGUUUCGUGGUAGUCCCCGGAGCUUCGGAGACUCCCCGGGCGGGGGCAGAGGCGGACGCUGGAGCUCCGGAGACUCCUCGGGGGGCUUCUCGGGCGGCCCCCGGGGUUACGGAGAUUCUUCCACCGGCUUCGGGAGCGGCUCGCGGGGAUUCGGAGGUCAGAGGCGCCGUAGAGGGGACGGACACCGGUGGACACAUUCUUUUAGCCCCUCAACUCCCAACUACAAGGCGGGAUCUGCAGACACGCCGGUGGAGAGGUACUUCAGCCCGUCCAUGGUGCAGGAUCCCUGGAGGAACCUCCAGCCAGUCACAGCCACAGAGGCCGCCGCCAGGAGGAACAAAUGACUUGAAAUGAGCAACAACCGAUCCUUCAAGUAGAAGACAAGAGGCACAAGGGGAGCAGCUGGAGACUGGACUCUGACACAAGCAGGAAACACAUCCCGGGCUUUGGCUCUGGGUCACCAGCAGCGUGUUUGUCUGCGGCCUCAGGGAUCAUUCAUCUGAUCGGACUGCUACACUGACGUGUGAAGCUUUUAACUCAAAGUUUUAUUACGUUUUAAGUUCUUUGAAUAUUUUAUUAUGGUAUUGUUUGUUUUAAAAAAAAGUUUGUUUUUUAUUUUUUUUUAAAAUAAAAAGCAAAAAUCU